AUGGACUCAGAAACCCAGAUGCAUAAGAACAUUCGAAUGCCCCUCCAUGGCUUCGAUGAUUUCCUCUCUGCUGUUUCAGAAGACAAGAUGACCGAACUAAUAGAUGAUAUCCUCAGAAAAUACACCGACCCCAAAACGGGCAGUUUCCACGGUGUGAGUUUCAUCGCUAUCGAUAGCAAGGGAAACGAUCUUUAUCGUCGCUCCUUCGGAUCGAGAACGGUUGAUAGGUCAAAAGAUGACCCGCUGACUCUCGAUACCCUCUCAUGGAUCGCCAGUCAAACUAAACUGACGGCUUCGAUAUCGGUGCUGCAGAUAGUGGAGAAAGGGCUCGUGGGACUCGACGACGAUGUCCGGGAGAUUAUCCCUCAGCUGAAGGAGCAGAAGGUCCUCCUUGGCUUUGAGGGCGAUGAUGAGGUCAAGCCUCAAGACAGUGGUAACAUGAGGUCCAUUCUCAGCGGUGGCGGUGCCGGAGAUACAGCAGCGGAGCAGCCUAUAGGAAAACCGAUUUUCGAAGAUAUCAAAGGGAAGAUUACGCUGAGACAGUUACUUUCACACUCGAAUGGGUUGCCAUAUGACAUCGGCCAUCCAUUAAUUGUGAAAUACUCCAAAUGGGCCAAGCGCGAAGACAAUAUGUUUAGCGGCAAGAUUGAAGGCUCGAUCCAUCCGCUGGUGUACCAGCCGGGGACAUCCUGGGCAUAUGGUCCUGGUCUUGAUAUAGCAGGGAAAGUGGUCGAGAUUCUCACCGGGAAAGACCUCGACGAGUACGAGCAGGAGAAUAUCUGGGGCCCAUUAGGCGCCAAAUCAACCUCCUUCAGACCGGUGAAGCAUUUCGCGCCCAAUGGACUUCCUCCUAUGCAAGAAAUGGCAUAUUAUAAUCCGGAGAAGGAUGGAAUCGUGGCUGGCGAAUCAGUGUGGAAGUUGGAGCCAAGGGAUGCGAUUGGUGGUGCGGGCUUGUACAGCACGGCCAAUGACUACAUAAGGCUCCUCUCUGCACUCCUGCGUGGCGGUGCACCUCUCCUCAGUAAGGAGUCUGUCGACCUUCUCUUCUCUCCACAACUUGGAGAAGAAAGCGUGCGGGCGCUGAGAAAGUUCCUCAUUGGCGAAACGGUCGAGAUGAGUCUCUCACGUUGGUAUGCUGCGUCUGACGAGGAGUUCGCAAGCAUACAAGAAAUCCAACACUGUCUCGCUGGGUGUCUUAGUACCGAAGACGUUCCUGGCCGAAGAAAGAAAGGAACGGUCAAUUGGGGUGGAUUGCCAAACUUGAGUUGGUGGGUUGAUCGUGAAAGUGGAAUUGCGGCGACCAUUUUCACACAGCUUAUGCCUCCGGGAGAUAAACAUGUUCGACUGCUGGGCAUAGAGCUGGAAGAAGCACUUUACAAGCUCGCUAAGGAGCAGAACUAA